GCCCUAUCGCGAUUUUUCUUCCCCAACUCUGAUUCUCUCUACUUCCUUUCUUCGAUUAUCUUCCUCGCCAUCAAUUCAAUUAAGUUUUCGAUUCUUCUUCCGUCCAUAUUGCUUCUCCUUUUUCCUUUUCUGGGUUGGAUAUGAUUGAUGGAAUCAUUACGAGGAGUUGUUAAUGGCUUUGAUUGAAGCUCUUCGUGGGAUAUUUCAGAAGCCCACCAAUGGAGAAGUAUGUUUAGAGAUUUUGGAGUUUCUGGGUCCUGUUUAUUUUGCGUUUUUGGUGGGGUUGAUUAUUGGUUGGGUUUGGAAGCCAAAAUGGGCGAUCUUGGGAAGGCACGAAUCGCGUUGUGAAGUCUCUAAAUCUUUUGAUUUGUCGUCGUCGUCGUCGUCGCCGUCGCCGUUAGGUUUUUCCCCGUUGAAAGCCUUUGGUUCAGCUCCGUGCUUGCGCUCUCAUAAUAUAUGGGUCAUCAACAACGGCGUACAUAAGAAACCAGUUUCUGCAGUUCCUAUUGAACAUGAUGAUUUCAGUACAUCUCAGCCCCACGAAGGACAUCCAAGUGUUAUUACUGAGGAGGAUUUACAUAACUUAAGGCGGCUUGUGGAGAUGAAGGAUGGAGGUCCUAGUUGGAUACAUUUGAUGGAUCGUUCCACCCCAAGGGUGAACUAUCAAGCAUGGCAAAGAGAUCCUAAGACGGGUCCUCCUCAAUAUCGGACUAGGACAGUCUUUGAGGAUGCGACGCCAGAGUUAGUGAGAGACUUCUACUGGGAUGAUGAAUUCCGUUUGAAGUGGGAUGACAUGCUUGCACAUUCUGCUACUAUGGACGUGUGUCCUAUAACAGGGACCAUGAUUGUACAUUGGAUAAGAAAGUUUCCCCUCUUCUUCGGUGACAGAGAAUACAUAAUAGGCCGUCGAAUGUGGGAAUUUGAAGGAUCUUACUACUGCGUGACAAAGGGAAUACCAUGGCCUUCUAUUCCCAGGCAUGAGAAACCAAGACGUGUUGACCUAUACUACUCAAGUUGGUACAUUCGAGCAGUGGAAUCAAGGAGAGGUAAUGGACAACUAACUGCAUGUGAGGUGCUAUUAUUCCAUCAUGAAGAUAUGGGCAUCCCGCGGGAAAUUGCAAAGCUUGGAUUACGCCAGGGAAUGUGGGGAUUUGUCAAGCAAAUGGAGCCUGGGUUACAUGCCUACCAAAAAGAAAGGGCAUCUGGGUCUCCACUCUCUAAAUCAGCAUUUAUGGCUCAAAUUAACACCAAAAUAUUUCCAGAGUACCUGAGAACUUUGGAAAGUAACAGUGAUCCGUCAAAGACUAAGGAGGAUGUGCCAAUGAUAUCGGAAAACCCAUUGGCUAAGAACAUAGCAAAGAUCCUAAUUCUUGGUGGUGCUAUUGUCCUUGCCUUCGGUCUUGAUCGUGGCCUUCUGUGCAAUGCAUUUAUGUUUCGCUUAGGCAGAAGGCUUGGAAAUAGGGAAAAGAAAUUGUAAGUUAGAAUGCUAUCAUCUAAAAUACCAAGUAAUCACAAGUUGUAUGAGGGAGCAGGUUCCUCAUAUCAGAACCACUUCAAGUGCAGUAAAUGUCAUCUACCCUGUUACAUACCAUGAAUACAGUUCAAGGGUUAUA